ACUAAUAGUGACUGGUGACUAGUGGUUAAACGACAUCCACGCAGUGGAGUGGUUGAUUGAAUUCGCUCGUUUGAUGAUAAGAAUUAAUAUUGUGCUGUGAAAAUUUUUGUGAUUACAUAAAUUUAAUUCACAAAAUAAAAAUUUUGACGAGUUUUAUCGUGUUAAAAUGGCACAAGAAAAACCAACGUUUGACUACCACGAAGAAAGUCACAGCGAAAAGUUAGCUAGAAAAUCAAAGGAAUCCCCUUUCAUGGUCAUUGGGUUGGCCAGUCUAGCAGCGGCGGUCGGUUAUGGCGUGUAUUCCUUCAAGAACCGCGGUCCUAUGAGCACCAGCGUUUUCCUGAUGCAGUUCCGAGUUAUAGCUCAAGGAGCGACCGUCGGUGCGCUCACAGCCGGCAUAACUUAUUCAAUGUACAGCAAUUAUUUCAACAAAACCAAAGCUGUGUUAAACACAGAGCAUUAGAAUCCCAGGAUUAAUGAGUGUUAGUCCUGGUGUGAUCACAUCGUCUACUAAAGUUCCUGCCUGAGGAAUACAAGAUAGUCCAAGAUCCCAGGGCCCCCAGAGCUUACUUAUUUUCUGAUGGGCAAAACUUAUAUAAUAGGUAAGACGUAUUAAUAGGUAAUAGGUAAACGUAUACAUACCAACUAGCAUAUACCGACCGACAAUUCUCAGGUAACAGGCGCUACAGGUAAGUAAAAAUUGUACUCACUUCACUUAGAGUCUGAGCUCUGAUUAUUACGCAUGUUGAGGGAAAUAUUGUAAACAAUAUAAAAUUAUUCUGCCAGACACAUUUUGUGGUCAGAAUUUUUUGCGAGACACUUAAAAUACUAACAGCAAAAAAACACAAUCUUACUUACAGUCAGAUAUAUGACUAUCAAAUGUAAUAAUUGUGGGACUUUACAAAAGUAUUUUCUAAGUUGCCAGACCAAUCCUAGGGAAAUAUCCCUUAAACGCAUUUAAAGUGUCGCUGUGCUUAUGCUGAACAUAUUUGGUACUUGGUCUUGGAUAAGUAAAGUGGGUGCAAUUUCUACUUACCUGUAGCACCUGGCACCUGACAACUGGCCGUCGCUAUAAGGUCUCAGAUAUAUAUUACUCUGCACACUACUAAUAACUUAUUAUAUUUGUUUUGUCCAUCAGAAAUUAAAUAAGGUCUGGGGCCGGAAAUCUUGCUCUAGAAUGUAAAAUCAUUCAAGUCUUUUAAAAUUAUCUAAUUGUAAGUAAUAUGAUUUCACAAUUGACUUAUUCUAUAAACGAACUAUGGUUUCUACAAAGAUUUAAAAUGGUUAUUACUUCAUAGCCAUUUACUUAAAUUAUAAUGUAAAAUAUUAAAUUAAAUUGUAUAUAAAAAAAAAAUUCUUUAACUUUUCA